AUGCAUUCUUAUCGAGUAAAAUUAUUGCGAUUGAUGCGCGUUCUUGGACAUGGUGACAAGGCUUCUAGUGAAUCUAUGAACGACAUACUAGCCCAGGUUGCCACUAAUACAGAAACUCUAAAAAAUGUUGGUCAUGCCAUUUUAUACGAAAUCGUGCUCACUAUUAUGGGUAUAGAAUCAGAUCCUGGACUCAGGUAUCUGGAUUUCAUUGUUGUUGUGACACAUUUCGUGUGA